GCCUUGGAGAUCGCUCUGCACAGCAUGGCUGACUUCAGCAGUGUGCUGUGAGGGGGGAAAGUGGGCGAAAAUCUCCAACUGUUUACCUUCUCUUUGGUUGAUCCGGUGCUUUCUCUUAACCUUGGGGUGAUGUCCCAGUGCUGGUGCAGGCAGGUCCUGCUCAGUGUGGAACUGGGCAUGCUGGUGGCGGUCCUGGUGGCUGGUGGUACAGGAGAGAUCCAUGACAGGAGGGAGGCAGGGUCGUCGUGCUACGGAGGAUUUGACCUGUACUUUGUUUUGGAUAAGUCUGGCAGUGUGCAACACUACUGGAAUGAAAUAUAUUACUUUGUUGACCACCUGGCUCACAAGUUUAUCAGUCCUCAGCUGCGGAUGUCCUUUAUUGUAUUUUCAACAGAAGGAAGGACUCUGAUGGCACUAACAGAGGACAGAGAGCAGAUCCGGGCCGGUCUGGAGGAGCUGAGGAUGGUGCAGCCAGGCGGAGACACCUUCAUGCACAGAGGUUUUCAAAGAGCCAGCGAGCAAAUAUAUUACGGCACUGGAGAUGGUUACCGCACAGCCAGCGUUAUCAUCGCCCUGACGGACGGCGAACUGAGAGAGAACCAGUUUGACCUGGCACAAAGAGAGGCCAGCAGAGCGCGCCAGUUGGGCGCCACCGUGUACUGCGUGGGAGUGAAAGACUUCAAUGAAACUCAGCUUUCGACGAUAGCUGACGGCAAGGAUCACGUCUUCCCUGUGAAUGAUGGAUUUGAGGCGCUGCAAGGGGUCAUUGACUCGAUCUUGAAGAGAUCUUGCAUCGAGAUUCUGGCAGUAGAGCCCUCCAGCAUCUGUGAAGGAGAGUCCUUCCAGGUGGUAGUCAAAGGAAAUGGUUUCCUUCAUGCCCGAGAUGUCCAGAAAGUUCUCUGCAGCUUUCGCAUCAAUGACACAGUUACUUUGAUGAAAAGACCUCUGGUGGUGCAAGAUAUCUACCUUUUGUGCCCAGCUCCUGUUCUGGAAAAACAGGGAACGUCUGCCACUCUCCACGUCAGCAUGAAUAAUGGCCUGAGCUUUAUAUCAAGCUCUGUAACGAUCACUGCAGUCACCUGUUCUGAUGGGACCUUUGUGGCGAUAGCUCUGCUCAUCCUGAUGCUGCUGCUCACCAUCGCUCUGCUGUGGUGGUUCUGGCCUCUCUGCUGCACCGUGGUCAUUCAUGAGCCGCCUCCUCCAGUAAUAGAAGACAUCUCUGAUGAUGAGGAUGGCUUUCCCAAGAAGAGGUGGCCCACGGUGGAUGCCUCGUACUACGGAGGGCGUGGAGUCGGAGGCAUCAAGAGGAUGGAGGUCCGAUGGGGAGACAAAGGCUCAACCGAAGAAGGAGCCAAACUGGAAAAAGCUAAAAACGCUCGAGUGGUGAUGCCCGCGGAGGAGUUCGAACCGCCACGGCCUUACUACACCCUGCACAAAUCUGUCCGCCCCCAGAAGUGGUACUCCCCUAUCAAGGGCAAACUGGAUGCUUUGUGUGUAUUCCUGAGAAGAGGCUAUGACAGAGUGUCCGUGAUGCGACCUCAUCCUGGAGACAAGGGCAAGUGCAUAAACUUCACCCGAAGCAAGUCCUACCCUGCUCCUCGCUAUCCCAUCUACAACCAUCCCUCCACGCCCGUCUACACUUUGCCCCACAGCUACCAGCCCCGUCCGUCAGACGACGACAGCAACCUCUUCAACUUGCCCCCUUCGCCCACUUCAACGCUCCCCCCUCUGCCGUCCACUCCUCCCCCGGCCUCCACCAGCCCCCCCAUGUACACGCCACCUCCAAACAGAGCCCUGCCCCCGGCCAACGUGAGCCCAGCCUCUGCGCCCCCGUCCCCAGCCGGCCCCCUCCCGCCCCCACCUCAGGGUCCACCCCCGUGUAGAGCGCCUCCUCCGUCACGCCCUCCUCCACGCCCCAAUCACGAGAACCACUGAUGACGAUGAUUAAAAAUUCAAGGGGGAGGAUCUGAGCUUGGGGUGGAAACCUGAAAAGACCCUCUCACUGUGCGUCUGUUCAAUUAAUCCCAAAGACGGAGAGAAUUAAAGUGACUGUAAGAUGCUGGUGAUUCAACACCUGCACGGUGAAGACUUUCAACAUUUAAGUCUGCUUUCCGAAACAAGUGGCUCACGCAUGACGUGCCAUGAACCAAGACUUUUCUUUUUUUAAGUCUAGAAAGUGAAUAUUUAGUGUAGCAAGCACAGCUUUGGCUUUUAAAUGCUAUGGGAGCUAAGCAAUUCUUACUUUUCAUAUGUCUUCCUCAUAUCAAAUCGGACAAAUUGGUCAAGCAUUGCCAUGUGCUAUGAAGAGGUACAAACUUAUUUUAUAAGCUUUUGACCUGAAACUAAUCUUUGCACAGUGAAAAACAAUAUUCACAAGUUUAAACAGCAGCAGAAGCAGCUGCGUCAUGUGUGUUAUA